AUGAGCUUCAACAUUCCCAAAACCACGCCGAAUUUCUCAGCCAAAGCGCGGAAACUCGAAGAUCAACUGUGGCAAGCUAGUGGGCUCGAAAAAUCUAAGGACUCCACGUUGCCGCUAUACAAAGACAAGCCGUAUGGAGAGGGGUUUGUGGCCCGGACCACCUCUGGCCGCCGAAGACGCAACAUCAUCUACGGAGUGGUGGUAGGUCUUCUGUUCUGGGCGAUCUACACCUUCUCGCGCUCCCUGGACGGAAAUGUGUCUCUGAAGGACGGAAUCAAGGACUAUGAGUUCAAGGGAUGGAAGGGACGAGGCAAGCCCAAAACCAAUUGGGUAGCGGAACAGAAUGCCGUGAAGCAGGCCUUUGUCGACAGUUGGAACGGCUAUCACAAGUACGCCUGGGGCAAGGAUGUGUACAAGCCCCAGACCAAGACUGGCAAGAACAUGGGACCCAAGCCUCUGGGCUGGUUCAUUGUGGACUCUCUGGACUCUCUGAUGCUCAUGGGGCUGGAGAAGGAACUGGCUGAAGCUCGAUACUGGGUCGACAAGGAUCUGGACUACAACAUAGACUACGAAGUCAACACUUUUGAGACGACAAUUCGGAUGCUGGGAGGUCUGCUUUCGGCACACUACCUCUCCAAGGACGACUUGUACCUUGACAAGGCUGUGAAUCUUGGAAACCGACUUCUAGGUGCCUUUGACAGCGAAUCUGGAGUGCCUUAUGCUUCUGUCAACCUCAAGACCCGAAAGGGAGUCAAAAGUCACGCAGAUGGAGGAGCUUCCAGUACCGCCGAGGCGGCCACUGUCCAACUGGAGUUCAAGUACCUCUCCAAACUCACCGGAGAGGCUCUGUACUGGGAGACUGCUGAGAAGGUGAUGAAGGUUAUGGAGGCUAACAAGGCUGAGGAGGGUCUGGUUCCCAUUUUCAUCCAGCCGGAUACUGGCAAGUUCCAGGGCAACCAGAUUCGGCUCGGCUCGCGCGGCGACUCGUACUACGAGUAUCUCAUCAAGCAAUAUCUGCAGACCGAAAAGCGGGAGGAAAUCUACCGAGACAUGUACGAGGAGGCUGUGGACGGAAUCAAGCACCAUAUGGUGAAACAGAGCGUCCCUGGCGAUCUGGCGUUCAUUGGCGAGCUUGACCGGGGUAUUAGUGGCCCCUUCUCCACCAAAAUGGACCAUCUGGUCUGUUUUGCAGGCGGUAUGUUUGCUCUGGGUGCCACCGAAGGAUACACUCAAAAGGAGGUGGAGCGAUCUGAGUCGUGGACUCAGACCCGACAGGUGAACCUGAGACUUGGAGUUGAGCUCACUCGAACCUGUUACGAAAUGUACCACCAGACUGUCACCGGUCUGUCUCCUGAAAUCGUUUUCUUCAACGACCACAACACUCUCAGCAAGGACUUUUCUGUCAAGCCCCAGGACGCCCAUAACCUGCAGCGUCCCGAGACAGUUGAGUCGCUCUUCUACCUCUGGCGAAUCACCCGAAACCCCAUCUAUCGAGAAUGGGGCUGGGAGAUUUUCCAGGCGUUCCAAAAGUACACCAAGGUUCCUGGAGACGCCGGUUACGACUCCAUCAACAACGUCGAGUCGACAGAGCCAUCUUGGAGAAACAAUAUGGAGUCCUUCUGGCUGUCCGAAACCCUCAAGUACCUGUACCUGCUGUUUGACGACUCCAAGGAGGAGGUGCUGCCUCUUACCGAUAUUGUCUUCAACACCGAGGCUCAUCCCUUCCCCAAGUUUGAUAUGGAGCCUCUGUUUACCACUGGUUGGACUCGAGCUCCUGUGCAGGCUGCCAAGAAGGAGCCCCAGGUGGAGCAGAAAGUGGAGAAGAUUCCUGACGAGCCUGCCGCGGAGUUUAAGCCUGCGCAGGUUCCUGCUGAUCCUAUUAGGGGUUGA